AUGCGGGGUGGUUUCGAGCGAUUUGAGCUCUCGGGACCAACCGAAGAGGAAUGUCCAUUGGAUUACUGGUCGAAAAACGCCACUAUUGAGAGCCCUGACAAGAAUCGUUCCAUGUCGAUUUGUGCUGCUUGUCAGCUCGAAAUCGUCGACCGUUUUAUCCUACGAGUCCAUCCCAACCUGGAAUUUCACGCUUCAUGCCUCAAGUGCGCUGAAUGCUGCCGAUUGUUGGACGAGUCCUGCACGGCGUUCGUACGGAAUGGGGUCACUUACUGUAGGGACGACUAUUACAGGUAA